CAGCUUUUCUCCCGGACGCCUGGGCUGAAGACACAAUGUCGGGCUCCUCCCGCCGACUGCUCUGGGCCGCCACCUGCCUCGCCGUGCUCUGCGUCUCGGCCGCGCAGCCCAACAUCACCACCCUGGCUCCCAACGUGACCGAGGUGCCGACCACGACCACCAAAGUGGUCCCGACGACGCAAAUGCCCACCGUGCUACCAGAAACCUGUGCGAGCUUCAACAGCUGUGUUUCCUGUGUUAAUGCCACCUUUACUAAUAAUAUUACCUGCUUUUGGUUACAUUGCCAAGAAGCAAAUAAGACCUAUUGUGCAAAUGAACCAUUAAGUAAUUGUUCCCAGGUGAACCGCACUGACUUGUGUUCUGUAAUACCUCCUACCACUCCAGUGCCAACCAAUUCUACAGCUAAGCCCACAACUCGGCCUUCCUCUCCUACACCUACUCCCUCAGUUGUCACAUCAGCAGGGACAACAAAUACCACACUGACUCCAACCUCCCAGCCUGAGCGGAAGUCGACCUUUGAUGCAGCCAGCUUCAUUGGAGGGAUCGUCCUUGUCUUGGGUGUGCAGGCUGUAAUUUUCUUUCUCUAUAAGUUCUGCAAAUCUAAAGAACGAAAUUACCAUACUCUGUAAACAGACCUGUUAAAUUAAUGUGGACUGGCAGUUAACUUGUGCAACUCACUGAAACCAAAAUAUUGAAGAAGUCCCACAUGGAAGACGCUGUUCCAGGAUCUUUACCUUUCCAAAGGAUGCAUACAGGAUAUUUUGGAGCAUCAUCCUCGAAGAAAAGUCAGUUAAACCAUUUAGUUCAUCAGGAAUAUUUAAAAUAUUCUGCAUGAAUCCGUGUGGCUGUCGUCUUUGUUUACCAUGGCUGCUGCUGUGGGACUGUUUUUUCCUCUGACAUGCCAAAUGUAACUUCUGUAAGUGGUGGAGAGUGCUGUCCUGUGUAGGCAGCUUCUGACUGCAGUUGAAAUGUAGUCCCCUAGAAUCCUAAAGGCUGUUAUUCUCAUCCUAGUUCCAGGUGUAACUUGGUGGCCAGAAUUGAGAAGAGUGCCAAAUGACCACCCGUCAGGCAGAUUGAGGGCCAUCACUUCAAACAUAGAUUAAAUUUGUUUAGCACUAAACUAUCCCUAGAGUAAAUUUUUAUGCUUGACAAGUUGUAUUUUAUAUAUUAGAAAUAAGAUGCCACACAGGGCAAUCCAGAUUUAGAUUAAAGAAAGGAUACACAGACAUUAAUCUGCAACAGGUCUUGUUCAUACUCAUAAAGUGUACCGUAUUAAGAAAUCAGAACAGUGCCUUAAGACAGACUGAGACGUCGUGAAAAAUGUGUUCACACUGUGGGAGGCAAAGCUUGGUCUGAGAAUGUAACUGUUGAUGUGAGCAGCAGAAAUCUGCUUAUAGAUAACAUACUGUUAAUAUUUAAUUAAAAGCAUUGUUUUUUCUAGAGCUGAGAAAUAGAAGCUAAAGAAUAAUUAGAGCUGAAAGGCUUCCUUAUAUCAAACCAUCUAACAUUUUUCUUAGGGCUGUUAAACUAGACAUAAAAUUGAUUUAUCUUUCUCUCUGUACACAAAGUAUCCAAAUAUUAUACCUUAAGGAUUCCUACCAGGUUUUCUUGAAAAGUGGCUUUUACAUGAGGCAAGAAGGAAGUAGUUGUAGAUAGAAUCAUUUUCUAGUUCUUUAAAUGAGACAAUCACUUUGUUUUCUAAUAGAUGUGACCUGUGUAACUUAAAAAAUCUGAGGGUUUGAGAGAGGUUGCUCUAGAUUUCCAAUGACGAUACCCUGGCUGAAUAGGCUUUUCUCUUCCUUGGGCCUUUACUUCUUUUCUUCCUCCUUGGUUUCAGUUCCCAUGUGCUAUCAUUAUAAUCAUGCAGACUUUUACUUCAGUUGCUUCUGAAAGCACUAAGUUUUCAGUUUUGGAGUUACUUCUCCCUUGCCUCUGACACACUGCACACGUCUAGAGGCUGUAAUUGGAAAUAGGCUUUUGGUUUCCUGUGCCAUUCAAGUUUGGGGCUUUCAUUUGGUUACAGAGUUCAGCGCUUGGUUCCCAGGGUUUAUAUACGAAACAGCGGAUUGCUGUGGGCUGGUUCAUAAAGUGAAACUAAUGAAUCUAUCUCUUUGUCACUUGCUGGUACAGCUAGUUUGUUUCACUUGCACAUUUGUACAUAUAUCUAAUGUUUUCAAGUGCCUUACUUGUUUAAACUCUGACUUCAAAGGUUUUUGGGGAAAGAUAGGUUUACCUCACAGUUAUGUUUCCAUUGUAAUUUCUAGGUUCCUCACAAAAAUCUAUUUCAGUGCUGUAGCUGUUAGUUUUAAGUGAGUGCUAAAGUUCUUUUAAAAGUACACAGAAUUUCCAUUCCUUAUAAAGGUGGCAAAAUUGGUUUGUCAUUUACCUCCAUGUGACUCCUUGCCCCAUAUAAAUGUCAGCAUAUGUAGCAAGUUUUCUAAGAAUGUAACUUAAUUUGAAGCUCCUGAAAUUUUGAGCACUGCUCUAACAUUGUAGGAAGUUAGUGACAUUUUGCAAGUCUCUACAAAAGCUCUUGCCACAGAAUUCACUGCUGCCCUGACUCUUCACCAUCUUUCUUUAGCAAGGUAUUUUGAGCCAUUAAUGAUUUUGGGUUUUUUAAUCCAGAAGGUAUAUAAAAGCCUUUUCAGAGUUUUCAUCUGAUUUGUCCUGAGGAUCUAGUUCUAUCAAAUACCUUAUUUUACCUUUGCCAUACUUGCUGCACAAGCAGACACUGCUGGACUUAGAAGUUUCUAUUUGAGUUCCUUAAACUACAAAACUAAUAUGUAUGUGUACCAAACUGAUUUAAAAUAAAUGUUUAUUAGUCUCUUGA